UGUAUUUUUCCUAUAUAGAAAUAUAUAUAUAUAUAUAUAUGUAUAUCUAUUAAUCAAGUGCACAACUUGAGGAACUAUUGGAUUGAAUCAAUGGCGGAGCUCAAGAAGAUCAUCAUCGACACCGACCCUGGCGUUGAUGAUGCGAUGGCGAUCUUUUUGGCGCUGCAAUCACCGGAAGUUGAAGUGAUUGGACUCACUACUAUUUAUGGCAACGUAUACACCACUCUCGCCACCAGAAAUGCUUUGCAUUUGUUGGAGAUCGCUGGGAGGACAGAUAUUCCUGUGGCUGAAGGAUCUCAUCUGACCAUCACUAAAGGUACAAAACUUCGAAUUGCUGAUUUUGUCCAUGGUACGGAUGGAUUGGGAAAUCAAAACUUUCCUCCACCCAAAGGAAAGGCAAUUGAGCAGUCUGCUGUAGAUUUUCUUAUUCAGCAAACUAGUCUUUAUCCAGGGAAGGUCACGGUGGUGGCCUUGGGCCCACUAACAAAUAUUGCACUGGCUAUACAGGCAGAUCCUGCAUUUAUAAAGAAUGUUGGGCAAAUUGUCCUUCUCGGUGGUGCUUUUUCUGUAAAUGGAAAUGUGAAUCCGGCAGCUGAGGCAAAUAUCUUCGGAGAUCCUGAUGCAGCAGAUAUCGUAUUCACAAGUGGAGCUGAUAUUCUGGCUAUUGGAAUAAACAUCACGCAUCAAGUCAUUUUAACUGAUGCCGAUCGAGAUAAGCUGGCAGAAUCAAGUGGAAAGUUUGCGCAGUAUUUAUGCAAGAUUUUAGAUGUGUACUUUUCUUACCAUCAUGAUGCCUACAGCACCAAAGGUGUUUACCUUCAUGAUCCAACAACCAUUCUUGCUGCUGUUGAUCCUUCACUGAUCACCUAUGUAGAAGGUGUUGUUCGUGUGCAAACAGUUGGCAUCACAAGGGGCCUAACAUUAUUCUAUAACAAACAGAAAAGCUGGUAUCCUAUGGAAUUGAGAGUGCAUAAACUUAAACCUUGCCAGGUUUGGCGAAGUUACUGAAUGGUCAGAUAAACCAACUGUCAAGGUUGCUGUUACUGUUGAUGCCCCUGCAGUGGUUAAAUUGGUGAUGGACAGACUUAUGAAUUCAUAGAUUUUUCGUGGACGGGAUGUUCUGAAGAUUCCCUUCAUCUCCAUUUCUCAUUGCUGGCACAAAUAAAACAAAAUAUUAUCUCGGCAUUUGGAAAUCUGUAUUUUCCUUGGAGCAUGCAAUUUGUACAGCCGGUCCUCCAAUUGUAGCCGGGUAUUGAGUACCUGGAAAUGUGAUUGUUCAUUUCUGAUCAAGUAGCCUACUUAGUCGUAGAUUUUACUGGAAAUUUCAGUCACUUCAGUUGAUUGCCAGUUACACAAUUGUUAUGAUAUUUGGCAGGUUUCUGGUUAAUUUAACAGGCAUAACAUUUCAUUGUUAUCAA